AUCGCAAGUGAUGCGAAGCUUCACCUCUGUGUAAAAAGUUUAAAGAUGGGAUUAAUUGAACAGGUAGCGUUUUUUAAAAUAUUUAUUAGUAACGUAAUAACGAGGUAUAGUCACGAGUGCCUUCAUCACAUAUUCCAGUCACAAUCCUGGGAAUUUUCUAGAUAUGGAAGUGAUAAUGAUAAAGAGAUGAUUUAUUUUGAUGUAUUUUAAAUUAAACUCGAUACGGGUUACAUUUCUUCAAUAAGAACAUGUAACUCGACACGAGAAAGUUUCUUUCUUACAAAUACUCAUGACUUUUUUUGUCUUAAGCAAAACUAGCUGUGGUUGAGGAACCAAAAUAAUACAAUAAUGUGGUAAUUCUUUAUACUCGGUCUGGAAUGCUCUUUUUACAGUUUCCCACACCCUCGAAGGCAAUUCAAUGUAAAAAUUUGUUCACUUGUUGACGCCGACAAGUUUUAUUGCAGUUGAAUAAGUCUUUUUAGAGCUUUCGUACCUAGAAUUUCAGGAAAAAUCAAACAGAGAGCCAUAAAGAAUUAUUUCACUGCGCCAAGACAAAAAGUAAAAAUUUGCACGUGGUUUUUUAAAGUGUAAAGGUAGAAACGUGAAAUGUUUACCAUUUAUUUCUGUAAAUUGUGAAUGAUGGCUGUUAAGAAAAAUGGUUCAAAAAGUUCACCAAAAUCUAAAUUUUCAUCCCGUCGAAACAGCUACACUCCGAGAUCGGCUGUAUCUUCGGCACCUGCAUAUGCGUUAACAUGUAAAAGGCAUAACCCAUGCGAGCUCUGUGUAGACAUAUGUCCUCCUAACUCACGAAUUGGCUGUCGGUGUAAUACUUCAGCCACUGCAAGGACGUGCAGAUGUCCCCAGAAGCUAGGAAAGAAGUUCAUUUGUGAUUCAUAUAAAGUGAGAGUUUGGACGGAGCAAUUGAAAGCACGAGCAAUGCAUGGGCAACCUGGUCUGCUGGGCGAGAACAAACCAAUUUCAAGGCGCGAUCAGUUUUCAAGUACAUAUGCCUUGGCGUUCAUUGACCCAGAUAGCAGAGACUACAACAAUCGGAAUGUUGACAGACCUGCAGGAGUGGCUACGAUGAAAGUUCCGGCGCCUCCGGAGAAGAAAAGACCACAAAGAGGAUGUUGUGUAUGCUCUUCAUGGGAUGAUGGCCGAAGCAAUGCCACUGUACGAAGUCACGGAAGCCACUCGGACGAGUGUGCCUAUUGCGGUUUCAAAGAAGGGGCUUUCGACUUCCGGCCCAAAAUCAGACGCAGCCAGAAACAACAGCGAAGGUCUCUCACUACUAUGACCAGUCGAACUAUUCGAGAUGCGGAGACUUCUACAGAUACCACAAAAAGCGGAUUCAGGGAUAAGGGUGCUCGAACCUCUGAUGAAGUGCUGACCAAACUUGACAGCAUGGAAGAAGAUCUAAACUACCUGAACAAGCAAUUAAUGACUACAGGAAUUGGAGGCGGGAAGGAAGGGAGGGCGAAUGAAAGCACCCCUAAGGCGCAACGGAAGAGCAAAAACCUAUCCUUGGCAGCAGAAGUCAUGCAGAAAGUUGCGGAUGCUAAAGAAAAAGAACUUGAGAAAAACAGAGCUUUGUACGAAGAGAAGGCAAAGUAUCUAGAAGAACAUCUUCUGGUUAAGAAAGAAAGAGCAUUUGAUCCGGGUUAUGCUCAGUAUACGCAAUACGCUUACUAGAAUUUUUUAAAUUUAAUUGUACAAUUUAGAUUACGAAGAAUAUAGCAAC